CUCUAGACUCUGCGGGACUGUUGCUGUGGUGAAUGAUGAAGCCGAGUUUGUCAACUGCCGCUGAAUCACUGCUCCAAAAAGGCAAAGGUCAGCUGCGGCAGGUCCAGAUGUGCGCACUGACCCGACCCCCAUGCGCAACCGAGACCAUGACAUUAUGUUAAGCAGCGUUUGGUUUGUUCUGAAAAUGCGGCGCACACAUAGGCUACCUGCCACUGAAAGAGCGACAGCCCAGAAGAGCCGCGGGCGCUACAAUGCUAAUGUUGUCGGGGGCUUUGACUUCUCCCAGCCAUUUCUGCAAAGACGCCGCUCCGUGUGACAACAGCCGCGGCUCCCGCUCUUCCCCCGGUGCUCUCGCUCUGCGCCUCCCCACAUUUGGCAGGUGUGUUCGGAGGAGAAGAAGAAGGAAGAGAAGAAAAAAAGAAAGAAAGAAAAAUAAUAAUAACAAGAAGCCAAACCGCGUCACACAUCCGCUCACCUUAAAGUCUGCGCGCUAAUGGACGAGACGGAUAUCAUGGACUUAACGCAUCAGAAAGCGAGGAAGCGACCGCGUCCAAUCAGUUCUGCGGAUGAGUCCGUGCACGCGUCCCUCAAACGGCUUCCCAUCCGCGCGGCGGACAACAGGGAGCCCACGCUGAUGUUCGCCGUCAGAGCCGGGGAGCCUAUUCCCGCUGCGUCUCUCAAGCAAAAUGAUCAUUCGCUGACUUCGUCUCCAACCGCAAUGAUGCCGACGCAGGAUAAUCGCUCCAGCAUGUCCAGGCCCAUGAUCACACGGUCACCAGUGUCUCCAUUGAGUAACCAGGGCAUCCCCACACCUGCACAGCUCACCAAGUCCAACGCCCCUGUGCACAUCGAUGUGGGUGGACACAUGUACACCAGUAGUCUGGCCACCUUAACUAAAUUCCCAGAGUCCCGAAUCGGUCGUCUCUUUGAUGGCACAGAGCCUAUAGUCCUGGACAGCCUGAAGCAGCACUACUUCAUUGACAGGGAUGGACACAUGUUCCGCUACAUCCUCAACUUCCUCAGGACGUCCAAGCUGCUCAUCCCAGACGACUUCAAAGAUUACAGUCUGCUGUAUGAGGAGGCCCGGUACUUCCAGCUGCAGCCCAUGCUCGCAGAGCUGGAGCGCUGGCGCCAGGACCAGGAGCUGAGCCGAGUGUCUCGCCCCUGCGAGUGUUUGGUGGUGCGCGUCGCGCCCGACCUGGGCGAGAGGAUCACGCUCAGCGGAGACAAGGCCCUGAUCGAAGACGUCUUCCCAGAGAUCGGCGACGUCAUGUGCAACUCCGUCAACGCCGGCUGGAACCAUGACUCCACACACGUCAUCCGCUUCCCACUCAACGGAUACUGCCACCUCAACUCUGUCCAGGUUCUAGAGCGUCUCCAGCAACGCGGCUUCGAGAUCGCCGGCUCCUGUGGCGGAGGCGUAGACUCGUCCCAAUUCAGUGAGUACGUUCUGAGGAGGGAACUGAGGAGGACGGUUCAGCGGGGACCAAAUUCACACAGGAUAAAGCAAGAACAGCUGGACUAGAAUACUACUACUCCCAAGCAGUAGGGGGUGCUAUACUUUUCUGUGGCAGCCAUAAAGCUCGACGCUGCAGGGCUCUGUGGACUCUGUUUUUUUGUUGUUUUUUUUUUUCAUUUCCUUGUUGAUGUUUUUGUUUCCUUAAACUGAGAAACAUCUAGAGAAUAAAAAAGAGAGAUUUUUUUUUUGCCAUAAGAAGAUACAAGACAUUUGAUAAGUUUGAGAUUGCGAGGACAUUUGUGAUUGUCUAGCCCCCCCCAUAAACCAAUUUAAAAAAGGAUUUAUAUACGCUGGAUCCCCAAAACAAAGUUUGUUUUAAAACUUGGAACCUACAUUAGGUUGAAUAUGAUUUCUAUUAUACCCAUAUAAAUAAAAAGAAAGGCUAUUAUCUCUUAAGUAGUUUGUUGCAUAGUCACCAGUGACUUGAUUUUGUUAUCUCACUGGCAAAUUGGCUGUUUGAGAGUGUGUGGUUAUCCCUCGCCGUAAAAAUAAAAGGUCACUAAUGUGUUGCUUACAGUACAGAAUGUCUCAGUUGUCAUAAACACUUUAAAGAAAGCAUCCUCUUUCACAAUUAACAUGAUGAUGAAUAUUGUGAUACAAAUGAAGUGUUUUUUUUGUUUUAUUUUUUUUAACUGUAAUAGAAGUUUAUUGGAUUAUACCAUACAAUAUAGUUGACAUUAGUAUCAUCAAAAUUUAGCAUUAAUUGCCAUUUAUAUGCAGCAAAGAAAAUCAUUUAGUAAAUUAUUAUGUUACACCAUUUGCCUCUUCGGGGAGUAUGAACUACUAACUCCAUGGGAAUUAUUUAAUUGGAUCAUGAUGCCCCUCUGAGUUAUGGCCUGUAAAUUGUUUCAUUGUAUAUGUGUUUGUGUUUUUUACAUUGAAUCUUUUUAAAGCAAAUUGUUGCCUCAGACAUGACUGAACUGAUUAAAAGCUUAUUGUACUACCCACA